AUCCGACUCCGGUCAUACAACGAUGUUCUAUAACGUUAGGACGAUUGCCGACUGCAUGGUAAAUUAGAUACUCCCUUGUUCUCGUGGAGUGGGGUCGCUAUAACGGGGAAUCCUGUACUCAACCGUAUAGCCGCUCUGGGGUAGAUACGGCCAGUUAAGCACCAAAUAGGUCCCCUGCGCCUUAACUGGGGAUGUGCUCUUAGAACGCGACAUGCACCGGGUGUCAGCAUCCACAAUCAUCGCAUACCUAGACGUCUUGACAGUAAUUUUAUUCAACAAGAGCUUCGGUCAGGGUUUCCCUGGUAUACGCAAACAAAUUGAAAGGAACUAACGUCUUUGCGAUACAUCAAAGUAAUGUCCGGCGAGUCUGGGCCAGCAUACCGUCAUCAGCUGAAGACUGACCUUCUCCCUGCAUCAACCAUCUACCCGCCCCUCUGUAAGAGCGGGAUUCCGUACCGUUUUGAUCGAUGGCGGAGCAAAGUGCAAGGUGGUAAAUUGCCAUCAGUGAGUCCGUUGAUGGCGCAACGUUGGACCACUUACGGUAGUGCUGGUGCAUUCGGGAUGAUUCAAUUCACGUUUACCAAAUCUUGGUUAAGGUUUGAACUUCCUACUGCCGGUAUGAGUUUCAAAGCUCACCUGUUCAAUACCGGAUAUCUACAGUGGUUCAAAGGCACCACGGCAACUCAACAACUCGUCUUUCAUGUUUCCAUCUAUACCACACGCGAUGCAAUCCUCCCAGGGAGUCACUGGCAGUGGUUAAAGAACUUAGAACUUGGCUAUGAUGUUCCUCUACUUGGUUGCGGCUGCGAGAGGGAGAUAACCUUUGCGACAAGUCGGGAGAACAGUUUACAUGCUCGGUACCGGUCCGGGGGAGGGGUUGUACAUGUGCUUCACCUAAUCCCGACGAUAAAAACCAUGAUCGGGCGCAAGAAAAGAAUUGGAUUUGAGAGAGAUAUUCAUAAUGUUACUAGCAAGAGCCUUAGAGGAAAAUUUGGAAAUGUCCCAAUUCUGAGCGUGGAUAUGGAGUACUGCCGGUCAACAUCAGAGAUACCCACGAUAGGAGAGGCCAAGGAAGAAUCGGAUAUAUCAAUUCUGAACAUAGACUUGAAGCACUUCCCGUCAAUAAGUAUCAGUAGCGGGGAAAAUCAAGUUCCCUGA